CUACCAGACUCCCUGUGAUUUUUGACCACCACAGAUUAACACAUCUGUCUUCCUGCAAUGUUCAUAGCAGUCAAUGAUGCUUGGGAAUACUUUCCUUAGGAUGGUUCAGGUCAGAAAUGGGCUGUUAGGUUCCACAUCUUGGCAAAUACCCAUCCACACAAUCUUUAACACUGGUUCUGAAUAUGUGUUAUUAAAUAGGGCUUAUUCUCAAGUAGGACAGAAUGGCUGCCCUUAGACUUAGUCAAGAUACCUAAUGGUUUUAGAUUUUUUUUUUAAAAGCAAGAAUAGUUUGAAAAUUGAGAAAGGAAGCACAAAAAAAUUUGCAAUUAUGUUCAACCUUGAUUCAUGUUGCCCAAUUCCUUUUGUGGUUUAUUAGAAUUUCUCAAGAAUACCUACAGAUCCUUUUGUGGACAACUUAGUUUUUGUCUACACCAGUUUCACUUCCUUCUAUAUAGAAUAUUUGCAGAUGUAACCAGAAAAAUACAGCAAAAGAUGUUUAGAAAAUACCACUUGAAACUGUACUAUAAGGAAGUUAAAAAGACACUAAUUUGAUAAAAGUUAAAUAACUCUUUCUAAUGUACUUAUUUGCCUAGAAGGAGGAAGUGAGUAAAAAGAAAGCAGCAGAACAUGAUUAUAAUUGAAAAAUUGCCCCAGGGAAGUCAAAAAUCACCCUAUUGCUAAAUUUUCAAGACAAGAAAAUAUAUAGCACAGAAAGUUUGGGGUUCUUUCUACUUAAAAGAAAAGCUAGGAAAAACUGAAGUCUUUGUAUUUUCAUGAAGUUAUAAAAUUCAAUUCACAAACAAAAGGAAAUGCUAUCUGGAUAAGAACACCAUGACUACAAUGAUAUCCAAACUUCGUGAAAAUGGAAACUUUUCUGCACUUGUUAGCCAAACUAUGACAUGCCACGUGGAUUCUGAAUUCAGAUAUCUACUCUUUACUAUCUACUACAGCAUCAUUUUCAUUCUGGGCUUUGUAGCUAACACCUAUGUGCUGUGGCUUUUCUGGCGGCUUUAUGCUAAGAAGAAAUUAAAUGAAAUAAAAAUAUUCAUAGUCAAUUUGACAACUGCUGACUUACUUUUCCUGGUUACAUUGCCAAUGUGGAUUGUUUAUUACAACUACAGAGGGAACUGGAUCAUGCCCAGCUUUCUGUGUAAUAUAGCUGGCUACUUAUUUUUCGUCAAUACAUACUGCUCUGUGGCAUUCCUGGGAGUGAUAACAUACAAUCGUUACCAAGCUGUCACAAGGCCCAUUUCAACGGUUCAAUCCAGCACACGAAGAAGAGGAAUUUAUGUUACAUUGGCUAUUUGGAUCCUAAUAGGUGUUCCUUCCAUCUACUUUUUAGUUGAUGAUGGCACAACCCCUGAGGGGCAUGUGAUUCGCUGUUUUGAGCGUUAUGAUACCACCACUAAUACCACGCCUAUUCUUGCCUUCCAUGUGAUUAUUUGUGUUUGUUUCUUCAUUGCUUUCCUGCUUGUCUUAGUAUGUAAUGCUUUCAUUAUCCGGACAUUGCUUUCAAAAACAGUGCAAACUCGGAGGAGUGCCCGUGUCAGGCAACGGGCUCUUUGGUUGGUGACCACAGUUUUGACUGUCUUCACUGUCUGCUUUGUGCCUCACCACUUGGUGGAUCUACCCUGGACUUUGAUGGUUCUGAACAAGUGGGACAUAAGCUGCCAAAGGAAAAAACUAUUAAAUGAUAUCCAUCAGGCUACCCUUGUUUUUCUGGGUGCCAACUGUGUCCUGGAUCCUAUCAUUUAUUGUUUUCUCACAAAAAAAUUCAGGAAACAUCUUUCUGAAAAUUUUAAAAACAUAAAAGACAGUCGAAAAUGCUCCAGGCAAACAACUGAGACUGGAAUGGAAGGGAUGGUACAGUUAGAUGAUUGUAUUCCUGCAUCCCCUAAACCUUAAAAAUAUUUUGAACGCAAGAUGGAGGAAGAUACUUCUGUAGCAGCAAAAAAGGCCAAAGAACAUACAUUUGGUUACAAUUGGUUAAGUUAAAGGACAAACAUAUACUGCAUGCAGAUAAGGAAAUACAAUAUGUCUCCUCACAAAAAGCAAAGAUUAUAAGCAGGAGCUUUGAUUUGCUGCCCAAAAGCUAACUAAAGAUGGCUAUUGGGGCCCUCUUUUCAUUCUUAAGGAAACGGACUGAACAUCUAGGCUGAGACUUUCUGAUUGAAAACUGUAAAGUGAAAUGAAAUGAUAACUUUCUUACUGAAGAGCAACAUUUACUUAUUAUCAGUGUCAAAUAAAAGCUAAUGCCUAGCAAGAAUGCUUGGCAAAUUAAUUUAGGGCUGCAUCCUGUGUUGUCCAAAAACAGCAAGAACUGAAGGCCACGUAACACAAAUGCAAGAUCUCUGAAAGGACAUGCCAUAUCUCAAAUGAGAUGACUUUGGAUAUUGUUGUGAAGGUAAAGAAUUUGUGAAUCUCUUAUUUGAAAGAUAGAUAUUACAUUGUUCCAGUUGUGCUAUAAUAUAAUCAGUAUUUUUUUUUUCAUCCUGAGGUACUUCUAAAUUCUUGGGCAUCAUUUGGAAUAUCCUAGUGCCAAUAUCUAGGACAGGGCUAUAGGAUUCUUUUUCAUCAAACAUGCCAUUCUCAUGGGUAUAAUCUUUCUCUUGCUCUUUUGUCAUUCCUUCAAAUCAAGAAAGGCUGAGAGAUACAAGCCAAAAUUUAUAAACUUACAACUUAACAGUCAUGGAUUAGCCAAAAAUCCCUAUGCAAAUUUAGAAGUUGAGAUAGGAAACAAGAAGACCUAUCCUGAAACAAGCCUGGAGAAUGAGAGAACCAUUGCCUGUAGGUCCAUCAGGAAUGAAUUCUCAUUAUUUUGUUUGCAAUCAUAUCUAUGGAAAAGUAAAAUCUAAAUUACAACCUUACAUGAAAUUAAGACUUCUGAUAUAUUAUGCCCAUUUCAAUAUAUUGUCCUUCUCCACAUCUGUAACCUUCCACAAUUUGACAGGCACACAUCUGAGACAGGAGUGUCUUCUACACAUGAAGGUUGUUCAUGAUUUAGAAUGCUGACUAUGCUAAGGGAUCAUUGGCUUUCUCAGGAAACCCAACUGUUGCCUAAUAUUUCAUUACUAUCUUUUGCUUUGUAAUAGUCUAAUCUUAAAAUAUUCAAAAAUACAAGUGAGGGGUCCUUGGUGCUCUCUAAGCUUAUUUUCUUGCAGAGGUUUCAUUAUCCUAACUAGGUAACAUCAUCAGUGCUAGUAAGGAGUGCUGUUUGCUGU